AUGAUUCGGACUAUUAACCGAACAGGUCGUUUAACGCACCUGUUUCUGCGUCUUUCCUUUCGACUUGCGCCCUUAGGUCGCCACUUUCACACCAGUCAAACACCAGAUGCCCCAGUUCUUCUGGUUCAAGAAGCGUUGAGAAAAUACAUGAGAUGGUACCCAUCAGAUACCAUCACACAGGCAAAUAUCGAAAACUAUAUCGAGCUCCGGCGUAGCAAUGGGCCUGUUGAUCUCUUGGUGGGCAUUUUAUACGAGAGUGAUGAUGUUCGCCUGUCGUCGAAAGUUGUGGAGGCUCUUUUAGCAGACCCAUUGGCUGCUGGCAAUUCUGUGUGGCUAGAUCAAAUAGAGCAAAGAGAUAAGUCUCAUAGCAAUUUAUUCAUUUACAAAGAUGCACCUGUCACUUUGGCUCUUCCAGACGCAUACCAGAGGAAAGUUUCCAGGUUCGAAGUGCCAUCGCCAAUCUUAAGCGGAGACUAUCGGCCAACGUUUGAAGAGCAGUUUGGCCCGCUGCCUCAGAAUAAUUUGUGCCUCUUGGAAAUCUCGGACUGUGUCAAUGCUAGCAAACUUGCACAUGUGUGUCACUUUUUCAUAUAUGUCACCAAGCAGAUAUCUUCAACGGCAGACACUUUGGCCAAAGAAACACGCGACAAGAUUUUGCUUACGUUGGUAGAUAACUCCGAAUAUUCGCCAGCUUCUGUCGAAUCUUCACCUGUUUGUUUUGACAUGGAUUUCCAUGUCUUGCACCAUGCAAUCAAAAUAGAUUCCGUUUUGGCGCAUGGUGGAAUCCGCCAGUUCUUAGAACGCGACACCGAGGCUGCUUCUGAGUACUUCGAUUCCUUGAAGAAAAGCAACAUUAUAGAAGUGUCAAAAUUCUUGCAAUGGUUUCUUCGCUCAGAUGUUUUAUGCCAGUGGCAACUACAUGUCAUACGCAGCGAGAUCGCAAGAGACAACAUUUUGCGUGAGACUCUAGAAUCCACUAGGGAGAAGUUGAAGGCAACGACAAUAGCUGAAUGCAGCAGCAGAAUGCAUGCCGACUUGCAGCAAAAGCUUAUUCCGGAGACGACUGAAUUUUUCCGCAAGAAACUUCCUUGGUGGAAGCUUUACGUUAAGAAUGACAAUGUCGAAUACGCUCUCAAGGACUUUUUUGGGACCCAUUACAUGAAUAAAAGCAUAGAAAACUAUAACUAUAUCAAGGGCCAGAUUGUUGCAGGCUUACGCGGACAGAAUAAGAAUACAUCAGAAUCAUUUUCUGCCGUGAAUCCUCUCCAAGAACUCAAGCUGGAUCUCAUCAACAAGAAAAUCUCUCAAGAAGUACAACCGGUUGUGUACUCGAGUAUUCUGUCGGCAUUUGUAUAUUACCAACUUCCGCUUUCUGUGUUAUCGCUUGUGGGAUUUUUCUCGUUUGGAAUCCAGUUAGAGACUGCAAUUGCAAUCACCGCUCUAGGCUGGGUGAUUGGAUUCAACCAUGUACUGAAGGAAUGGCAUGCGUUCACCGAGAAAUGGCUUCGUGGUCUUUUUGAAGAGACCAGAGUUGCUAUUUCCAGAGAUUGCAUAGACCGGGGACUCAUGCAAGAACUCAAUCGUGGGUUUGAAAAUGCCAGCGAAUUGGCACAUGUGAGAAGCCAGGUCCUACAAGCUUUAGAGAAGCGCAAGUAA